AUGUUGGACAUUAACGCAUUCAUAGUCGAGAAAGGUGGAGAUCCUGAAAAGAUCAAGAUUUCCCAAAAGAAAAGAGGGGCUUCAGUUGAAUUGGUUGAUGAAAUUAUCAGCGACUACAAGGACUGGGUCAAGAUUAGAUUUGAUUUGGAUGAACAUAACAAAAAAUUAAAUGCUGUUCAAAAACAAAUUGGACAAAAGUUUAAGGCCAAGGAAGACCCUGCUGAAUUGCUUAAAGAAAAAGAGCAAUUGACUGAAGAAAAGAAGCAGCUUAUAGAACGUGAAGCCAAUACCGAUAAAGAAUUGAGAAAUAAGGUUAACCAAGUGGGUAAUUUGGUUCAUGACUCGGUUGUUGAUUCAAUGGACGAGGCUAAUAAUGAAAUGAUCAAGACUUGGUUGCCUGAAGGAUAUAAGGAACCUGCACAAGUUGCUGCUGGUACUAAUGCACCUGCCAAAUUGUCCCAUCACGAAGUUUUAUUACGUUUGGAUGGAUAUGAUCCAGAAAGAGGGGUUAGAAUUGUUGGACAUAGAGGAUACUUUUUAAGAAACUAUGGUGUAUUCCUUAAUCAAGCUUUGAUAAAUUACGGACUUUCAUUUUUAGCCAAAAGGGGUUAUGUUCCAUUACAAGCGCCAGUGAUGAUGAAUAAGGAAGUCAUGGCCAAGACGGCACAAUUGUCGCAAUUUGACGAGGAGCUUUAUAAAGUCAUUGAUGGCGAGGACGAAAAGUAUCUUAUUGCCACUUCUGAACAACCAAUUAGUGCGUACCAUGCUGGUGAAUGGUUUGAAAAGCCACAAGAACAAUUGCCAAUCAGAUAUGCUGGAUUUUCAUCAUGUUUUAGAAGAGAAGCAGGAUCCCAUGGUAAGGAUGCAUGGGGUAUUUUCCGUGUCCAUGCGUUUGAAAAGAUUGAACAGUUUGUAUUGACCGAACCAGAAAAAUCCUGGGAAGAAUUUGAUAGAAUGAUUGGUGCAUCAGAAGAAUUUUAUCAAUCUUUGGGUUUGCCAUACAGAGUAGUUGGUAUUGUUUCUGGUGAAUUGAACAAUGCUGCUGCCAAGAAGUUUGAUUUAGAAGCAUGGUUCCCAUUCCAACAGGAAUACAAGGAAUUGGUCUCUUGUUCCAACUGUACUGAUUACCAAUCGAGAAACUUGGAAAUUAGAUGUGGUAUUAAACAACAAAACCAAACGGAAAAGAAGUACGUUCAUUGUCUUAAUUCUACCUUGAGUGCUACUGAAAGAACUAUUUGUGGUAUUUUGGAAAAUUAUCAACGUGAAGAUGGAUUGGUUGUGCCUGAAGUUUUAAGAAAGUAUAUUCCUGGUGAACCAGAAUUUAUUCCUUAUAUUAAGGAAUUGCCCAAGAAUUCCACUUCUCAAAAGAGAAAGUAG